CGGGGCGCGCCGGCGUGCGGUGACAGGCACCGUGGGAAUCCCGGCCCGCGCCAGCCGCGGCUCCCUGCGGCCCCGGCCCCGGCCCCUGCACGGGUGAAGCCGCGGCUCCCCGGAGCCCGCCACGGGCAGAGGCAGGACGAUCGAGCAAGUCGCGCCGCCCGGCGCCCCCUCCCUCCGGCGCCCGGGCCAUGGCCGGAGAUGCCCGGUGAAGACCGGGGCGCCGAGGGCUGGGUUCCCCGGCGCGGUGUGGAGCGAGGCAGCGGCCUGGAUGUGUGAAGGGUCCCCAUGGCUCUGCAGGAGGCGAAGCCCCGGGGCCCGAAGGAAGCUGGGCCGGCGGCGCAGGGGCCCAGGGACCGGCCCCGGGCGCAUGGGCUCGGCCAGGCCGGCUGGGGAGCCGCGCGCUGCCGGGGCGUGAGGAGCCCCGGAGUCCGUGGGUCCCAGGAUGCGCCGCCGCCGCCGCUGCCGUUGCCACCGCUGCUGCUGGGACUCCUGCUGCUGGUGGCCCUUCCAGAGCAUUGCCGGGCGGACCCGGGAGCAGAUAAUCUGCAGAUCCACGUCACCCCAACCCCGGAGUCAUUUCCUCAUGGGAAGUUGUUACCAAUUUCACCAACAUGGCCUUUCUCGGAAGUCAAGUCUUCUUUGGCAGUGGACAGAAUCAAGAAUGUGCUGGAACAGUCCCCUGAUAACACGAGCUUGCUACAGUUAGCCCGGACACCUCCGCCCAGAGCACACCGCAGGGCCAGGGCUCAUGUGGACUUCUCUCCUUCCCUUUACCAAGGAAGCGGACAGAGCGCCUCCCUGGAGCCCUCUAAAGAUUCCAGCGAGUCCCUGGUCCAACCGAGGCCUCCAGGGGGAAGAGAAGCAGCGGACGUGUCAGGUUUGCCUCACGCCCGCAUGCUUCCCCCGUGGUCCACAGUCCCAUCGGUGACCUUGAGUGCCGUCCCCCCAUCUCAGCCGCGGGUAGGGACUCCUUCCCUUUCGGAGCAUCCCCUGAGAUCAGAUAUGCUCCCACUUCCUCCUCCACCUUCAUCCUCUCCAUUGACCUCCAACUCACCUCAUUCCAUCACCUCCUCUAAACCAGAAGAGCGUCCCACCCAUGUGCCUUUGUUCCCCCAAAUAGCUCCACCCGACUCCUCCUCAGCUCAGACUGUAGCUAAUGCCCUAAUCCCAGCUUUUGACAAAAUGAACCACAUUCCAUCCCCAAAUGCCCAGGGUUCCAUAGGUGUCCCUCAUCUAAGUUUUUCUGGAUCCUCAACAAAGCAGUACUCUGAACUGUCCCCAACAGAGGGUCCCCAAUCUACAGGCUCACCCACACCUGGGGGUUUAAGCUCCAUGGCAGAAUUGGCCCGUCUGCCUCCCCCGACCCUAGCACCUGGAGGUCUUCCUCCACUUCCAGGUGGGACCCCCUCAUGGUCCAUGAUGGAAGUGGCUUCGAGUCCUGCAUCCACCCACCCAAUCCACACUGCAGGGGCUAAAAGAGCGCACAAUGGGGUGUCUUUGCCAACUUUUAAGAGCACGGCAGCAGCGACCCAGGCGGCUGAGCUUUCAUUGUUUCGGACUACAGAAUCAGUGACCAUAGAAAUGACCAGCAGAAAGCUAGCCCCUGCUACUACUGCAAGUGACCCUGCUAACCCACCACAUUUGUCAGCAGAUCCAGAGAAUUCCAGAAGGCCUGCCCUUUCAACCGAACACACAUCUUUGGUGCCUGCUCUGCUGCCUUUCACUCCUCUGGGUCAAGGGCAAGCCGUCCUUUCUGGGACAGUUCCCGCAUCGCCAUCAAAUGGGAAAGGCAACCUUCCCUCCAUGAUCACUGUCCUUCAGCCUGCAGAAGAGCGUAUCUUGCCAUCCCUUGUACCUGAAAUGCCCACACCUCAAGAAGAAGGCAAUGACGGGGCCCCUCCUGCAGCCACAGACUUGUUCCUCUCAAGGAACCUUCCUGAUCUUCUUUCCACAACUUGGACAUUUCCCCUGCAGAAAGAGGUCAGCGUGACAGCCUUUUUAGGGAAAAAUAAAAAGGCAAAUGUGACUAUUCCAAGUAAAGAAGUUUUGAGUCCUCACACUGUAAAUGGAUUCCGCUCUGACUUUAGCGCUGAUCCAAUGUCAUCUCCCGUCAUUACAACAUCAGGAACAAACCUCCUUCCUUCAGGAUCACCUCCAGCCUCCAGGCCCACCAUUCAGACCACCCACCUGGUUUUCCCAUCUCCUGGCUUCGCCAGCACCAAGCUGGAGACUGACACAGCUGCUGAGGGCCAUUCUGAAUUGCCCGUUUCUGCUUCCAAGCAGGUGACAGCAUCUCCCUCCUCCACUGAUGCUGAUGAUUUCUCAACAAUGGGAGACACGAAAAAGCCAACAACCACAGAUGUUUUCUGGAGUUCUCUUUCAGCAAAAACAGGAACCCUUUCCAGAGAUUCCACAAUAUCUGGCUUGCAGCAGCAAACAAGUGAUGGUUCAAAUGGUCACACAAUUAACUCCGCCAGUUGGGAAGUUCGUUCAGCUGCCACUUCUCUUCCCCAGGGUUUAACUUCAGCUGCCAAAGCAGUAAAAUCUCAGAAUAUCAAAGAUACUGCUGGGCAUUCAGUGGCUGCAGAAGGCUUUAACAUUCAAGAUCUGGUCCUUAGGACAAGCACCAACCAGCCUGUGCAGCAGUCGGAUGUCACCUUGGCCGCAAAUCAUACAGACCUCUGGCCCACAAGCCAUAACAACCAUCCCAGAGACUUCCAAACAGCCAAAGUUGAAUAUUACCCAUCCACAAGUCAACGUUCUGCCCAGUCAAGCCAUCCUUUUUGGCUGACCUGGCCACGUCUAUCUUCUACAACAAGCUUGCAGGACAUGCUUUCCGAUGGAACGGAUACAGGGUCCCACAUUUCCAGUGACGUCUACCCAUCACCCAGAAUAAAUGCUUCCACGUCAUUCCGGAGCAAUCUUGGCUAUCAGUCAGCUGCUGAAUCUCCUCCUCUAUCAACCAGUGCCUUCCCCAGGACCCCCUCCAAAGUGCUGCAAGCUUCCCAGCACCCCAAGAAAUGGACAGGUGCAACCACUAAUGCAGUGGACUCCUCGGUGUCAUCCAAGGUAGAGCCAACAGCAGAAGCAGCAGCGGCAGCGGCCACAUUGUUUCUGAAGAAGUCGAGUCCACAGGCGCUGUCUGCAGCCCUGGUUGCCAAGGGCACCGGCAGCAGCGGCUUAACCAAGAGCAGUUCCACCACUGCUCUAGCUAAAAAUGUCACCAACAAGGCAGCAUCUGGCCCAAAGGCAACAGCAGGGGCGAUCUAUACAGCCCUCCCGUUCACACCAACCUACAUGUUUGCCAGAACAGCACACACCAUGAGCACACACACAGCCAUGCAGGGGGACACGGGUGCUGCCUCGGGCCUGUUGUCCACAACACACCUCCCCAGGAAGCCACAAGCCAUGCACACAGGCCUCCCAAACCCCACCAAGCCAGAGACGCCGAGGGCAUCCACCCCUCGCCCCCUGACGGUCACCGCAGCGUUGACCUCCAUUACAGCAUUAGUGAAGGCCACCCGCUUGCCCCCUUUGCAAGCAGAAAACACGGAUGCUUCUCUCCCUGCUUCGUCCACUGCGGUGGUCACAACUGGCAAAAUGGCGUCCAACCUGGAAUGUCAGAUGUCUGAUAAACUCCUGGUGAAGACAGUUCUCUUUAUAACCCAAAGGAGAGGACAGAGCAUUGAGUCCUUGAAGAUCAAUGUAGCCAGAGGGCUCACGCAGGCAUUGCGGAAGGCUUUCCACCAGAACGACAUCUCUGCUCAUGUGGACAUUCUGGAACAUUCUCACAACAUCACAGUUGGUUAUUAUGCUACCAAAGGAAGGUUGGUAUACUUGCCUGCUGUUGUGAUAGAAAUGCUGGGUGUUUAUGGAGUCAGCAACGUCACUGCAGAUCUGAAGCAACAUACCCCAAACUUACAGUCUGUGGCCGUCCUUGCCUCCUCAUGGAAGCCCCAGCCUGCAGGCUACUUCCAGCUGAAAACAGUGCUACAGUUUGUGAGCCAGUCAGAUAACAUACAUUCCUGCAAGUUUGCUCAGACCAUGGAGCAGCGGCUGCAGAAGGCAUUCCAGGAUGCUGAGAGGAAGGUCCUGAAUACCAAAAGCAACCUGAUGGUUCAGAUUGUGAGCACGUCCAACGCCUCGCAGGCCAUCACCUUGGUGUACGUCGUGGGCAAUCAGAGCACAUUCCUCAAUGGCACAGUGGCCAGCAGUCUCCUGAGCCAGCUCUCGGCCGAGCUGGUGGGAUUCUACCUCACCUACCCGCCGCUCACGAUUGCUGAACCACUGGAAUAUCCCAAUCUUGAUACAUCAGAAACAACUAGAGACUACUGGGUGAUUACAGUGCUGCAGGGCGUGGACAACUCGCUGGUGGGCCUCUACAACCAGAGUUUUGCCCGGGUUAUGGAGCAACGCCUGGCCCAGCUCUUCAUGAUGUCCCAGCAACAAGGCCGGCGAUUUAAACGGGCUACCACCCUGGGAAGCUAUACUGUGCAGAUGGUAAAGAUGCAGCGUGUUCCAGGACCAAAGGACCCAGCAGAGCUGACUUACUACACCCUGUACAACGGGAAGCCACUGCUGGGGACCGCAGCUGCCAAGAUCCUGAGCACCAUUGACUCCCAAAGGAUGGCCUUGACCCUGCAUCAUGUUGUCCUUCUGCAAGCUGACCCUGUGGUGAAGAACCCCCCUAACAACCUGUGGAUCAUUGCGGCAGUGCUGGCGCCCAUCGCCGUGGUCACGGUCAUCAUUAUCAUCAUCACUGCUGUGCUCUGUAGGAAGAACAAGAACGACUUCAAGCCAGACACUAUGAUAAACCUGCCGCAGAGAGCAAAGCCUGUGCAAGGCUUUGACUAUGCCAAGCAGCACCUGGGCCAGCAAGGGGCAGAUGAGGAGGUCAUCCCUGUGACUCAGGAAACGGUAGUCCUCCCCCUGCCCGUUAGAGAUGCUCCUCAGGAAAGAGACAUCGCUCAGGACGGGAGCACCAUCAAGACAGCCAAGUCCACGGAAACCAGAAAAAGCAGGUCGCCCAGUGAGACUGGCUCUGUCAUCAGCAACGAAUCAGGGAAGCCCAGCUCAGGGAGACGCUCACCCCAGAUCGUAAUGGCACAGCAGAAAGUGACAAAGGAGGAGGCAAGGAAGAGAAAUGCGCCAGCGAGUGAUGAAGAGGAGGGACCUGUCCUCUUUGACAACUCUGGCAAGGUGGCUGCUGAUCCCUUCGACACGUCCUCUGGGUCUGUGCAGCUCAUCGCAAUCAAACCCGCAGCCCUCCCCGUGGUGCACCCCACUUCGGACAGGAGCCAGGAGACCUCAGCCGUCCUCAACGGGGAGGUGAACAAAGCCCUGAAACAGAAGUCAGACAUCGAGCACUAUCGGAACAAACUGCGCCUCAAAGCCAAGAGGAAGGGGUACUAUGACUUCCCCGCAGUGGAGGCAAACAAGGGUCUGACCGAGAGAAAAAAGAUGUAUGAAAAAGCCCCAAAGGAAAUGGAGCAUGUUUUGGAUCCAGACCCGGAGCUGUGCGCUCCAUUCGCGGAGUCUAAAAACAGGCAACAGAUGAAGAACUCUGUCUACCGAAGCCGGCAGUCUCUGAACAGCCCGAGUCCAGGAGAAACCGAGAUGGACCUUCUGGUCACUCGAGAGAGACCCCGGCGUGGCAUCCGGAACAGUGGAUAUGAUACUGAACCUGAAAUCAUAGAGGAAACCAACGUUGACAGAGUUCACGAGCCGCGGGGCUACGCCAGGUCGAGGCAGGUGAAAGGCCACUCGGAGACCUCCACGCUGAGCUCCCAGCCCUCCAUCGACGAGGUCAGGCAACAGAUGCACAUGCUCCUGGAGGAGGCCUUCAGCCUGGCGUCCGCGGGCCACGCAGGCCAGAGCCGACACCAGGAGGCCUAUGGCUCUGCCCAGCACCUGCCCUACUCAGAGGUGGUGACCAGUGCACCAGGGACCAUGACGCGGCCCAGGGCCGGGGUGCAGUGGGUGCCCACCUACCGCCCAGAAAUGUACCAGUACAGUCUGCCCCGGCCGGCCUACAGGUUUUCACAGCUUCCUGAGAUGGUCAUGGGCUCUCCCCCUCCACCUGUACCUCCCCGGACUGGCCCGGUGGCUGUUGCUUCUCUCAGGCGGUCCACCUCAGACAUCGGCAGCAAGACCCGAAUGGCCGAGUCCGCAGGUCCUGAGCCAGCCCAGCUGCAGGACAGCGCCUCGUUUGCACAGGUGUCCAGAGGCCCCGUGUCCGUGACACAGUUGGAUCAGUCUGCUUUAAAUUACUCAGGUAACACGGUGCCGGCAGUGUUCGCCAUCCCAGCUGCCAACAGACCUGGUUUCACUGGCUACUUCAUCCCCACGCCUCCCUCAUCCUACAGGAGCCCAGCCUGGAUGUCCUACGCGGGAGAGAACGAGCUCCCAAGCCAGUGGGCCGAUUCGGUCCCCCUCCCUGGGUACAUCGAGGCCUACCCCCGGUCCCGGUACCAGCAGAGCUCACCCUCCAGGCUUCCUCGCCAGUACAGCCAGCCCACCAACCUGCACCCCAGCCUGGAGCAGGCCCCCGUGGCCUCCGCAGCGGCCUCGCAGCAGAGCCUGGCAGAGAACGACCCACCUGACACCCCCCUGACCAACAUCUCCACCGCGGCCCUGGUGAAGGCCAUCCGGGAGGAGGUAGCCAAGCUGGCCAAGAAGCAGACGGACAUGUUUGAGUUCCAGGUCUAAUGCCUUAGCCCCGUGGGACUCUGCACUUCUAGACUCCAAGGAAGCAGGCUUUGGGUCACUCACACCCAAAGUGUGGGGACUUGAGACAUAGACAAUGGGUGAAUCUCACCCUCAGUUUCAGAAAAGGUGAACAGAAAAGGUGAACAGGGGGGCUUCUGAGAAACAGAGGACGUUCAUGAACGACUAGAUUCUUGGUUUGUGCAACUGACGGUGGGUCAAGACGUCCCUGCUUGGGACCAUGUGAGUGAUACUCUGUUAUGCCGAGUGUUUGAAUCAUCCUUAGGGUGUAUUUCCCUAAGGAGCCUUAGUCACAAGAGGCACUAGCUAAUGUACAGAUUCCUGUCCAAUGCUACAUUUUAAUAAAUCACCAGAAGGGGGAGAACACAGCUCUAUCUUCGGUGACCUCUGCAUGUUAACUCUUUCCGUGUUAAAGGCAAUGUAGGAGUGUGAAUUAAGCACCAGCCUGUACUCUCUCAUUCAGCCACGACCAUGAUCACUAACGUCAUCUCUAGCCUGUAAGGGAGACACUGACUCCAGCCAAGAAACUUGAGUCCCUUUGCUUUUAAAGGCUCAGAUUCAAAGUCAAAUGAAUUGGAUGAAAAUCAGUACCAGUGGCUAUGCCUAUAAAUAGCCAUGAUAUCUUUCUUCCCUGUGAAUUAAAGGUGGAGAAAGAGAGAAGAUGAGCAGGAAUGGUGGAUUUGUGUUGACAGAGUUUUUAAAAGGUGUUGUCAUUUUGGAAAUAGAGUACCCUCCAAGUUGGGAUCUAAUGGAAAGAGAGAAUCGGUGCCAAGAGCUUUCAGGGUCCUACAAAAGAAAAACAUUAUUUGUGGAGGGUUUUCUUUUGCCGGCUUUGAGGGUGGCACAAGAACAGAGCUUCUGUCUUUGGGGGGGGGGGGAUAAUAGAUGCAUUGACUUUUCCAAGAAAAUCUUAUCUCUUCAACAGCGAUGACCAGCAUGUGCUGCCGAAUGGUACAAAAGGAAAUAGUCACUGAUUCCUGUUAGAAACUCGAGUUGUAACCUCACAAUCGGCCUCUGUUUAUAGAAGCUUCCAAAUAUAGGAAAUCUGUUGAUAUGAGUUUCAACAUAAAUAACUUUUUACAAAGUGUGUGGAGUUCACCAGUUCUCCAUAGCUGAUGGAUAUAGGAAGACACUUGCUGAAGUGACAGGGGUCCUACCUUGUGACCAGGACGUUCCGUGUCACCCUCCCUGGCAUGGAGAUGUUGAUCUCCAGACCUCUGGGUGGAAGACUUUGCCCACAGCACUGGGUGCCAACCACUGAUUACCUGUCAUGCAAGCAAGACAGCUACUAACUGUGGGUCACAGAGGGACCGGGGGCACUAGGCUCCCUGCCUGACUUUGGGAGCCACGUAUGGUGUUGGGGGCUUGCUUGGUGUCUGUUGGAGAACGAGGUCCUGUCCUGCCUUUACCCAUGAUCCAUCAGCUUCAGCUUGCCCAUUCCCUUCUGAGCCCACUUCCCAUUGUCCUCAUGAGUUUCUUUGGUCUUUACUGAAAGAAGCAGGUGAAAAUAGAAAAGCUGAGGAAGAGUAGGAACAGAACCAUAUUUGAAUGGGAUAUUCAAGCUGUCAAAGCACAGGCUUUUCCAAGAAGCUGUUUUUAUUUCCCAAUGGCAAAUAGCCCUUUCUGGAAUGUUUAGAGAUGAUGUAUCAUGGAAUUCCCCAAACAAGACUCUUGUUCGGAUGAUAUUAGGUAGUGUCCUUUUAGUAUGCUGGUCGAUCUUUCAUAGUGUUAGUUUUUUGUUACUUAAAAAGAAAUCAGCUAUAAAUAAAAUGUAUUUUUGUAAUUUCCACGUGUAUAUAUGGUAUAUUUCUACCAAUGGCCAGUUGUUGUAGUCCAAAACCUAAGUCAGCUUGCAGAACACUGUGGACAGUGCGAGAUUUUACUGACAGAUUCACAGGAUGCCUAAGGCUAUCCAAAUAGGCAUCCAAUGCACUUGAAUGAACAAAGAGCCAAAGAAACUCAGCCUUUUCAUGCAAAUGGUAUGAGUCUGAUAAAAUCAGCUACAUUGUCCUGCUUUAUCAAUAAUAUCAAUAUUUCAUCAGUGCAAUGAUAUUAACCCAGUACUUUGUCUGCUUGGUAAAUGCCUGGAAAUACUGUAUGCAAAAAUGAAAUUUCAAGACCUCAGUGUCAUUGAAAUAUAUGUACAUGUUUCAAAAGACAGUGUCUGAGCUUUGGAUGUUCCAGUGACACACAGACCAUAAAUCUAUAGUUUGCAGUGGUGUGACUCCAGAUGGCUAAGAGGAUGGAGCUCUAGAUAUCACAGUCUUUGCAGAAAUAGGUGGUCCCUACUUGAAAUGCUUGAGAAAACUCAAAUAUAGUGUGCUAUAUCAGACACUCUCUUAAAUCAGACGUCACGGGUUCAAGAAAAAGUAUUUGAAAGGAAAAAACUUACAUUGAAAAGAAAUCUGUUCAUGUUUUCCCACCAAUGGGGAAGCAGAGUCAUUGUUUGGUUUUCUGAGACUAAGAUGUGGUCCUUUCUCUGAAGAGUCUCCUAACCUUAUGGAGAUGACAGAUGCCUGGACAGGUAACUCUGAGAAAAGACAGAUAGUCAAAAGUGCCUCAUGGAGGUAAAAAUAGGAUUCCGUGAGAGCUUAGAGGAGGCAGCAGUGACCUCAGUGUUCAUCGUGAUCCUCCAGGCAGACGCAGAAGCCAUAAUGGACCUCCAUGACUUGGAGGAGGAAGUCUGGACGAGUGGAGGAACUGGCCUGAGGAUCUAGCCCAAGCCUGAGGAUUCACCAUCCAACUUGCUCUCCAUCUUCCAUGCUGCCUGCACACAUCGGCGACCCAUUCCUUUGUGCCUGCAAGUUUAAAAAAUAGACAAGGGUCAUAUGAGGGACUCCGUAAUGUUCUUGCCAAGGCAACAUAUGGUGGAGUAUGUCAGGAACUUUGGAUACAGUGUACAGAGGACAAUACCUUUGGGGCCUAAUAAACAUUUUCUCAUCACUGGUUUUGAUGCAAGUUUUUCUGCAUUCAUGAAAAAGAAAUGCAUUUUGGCUUUCCCCAGAGAGUCCUAUCCAGGAAAUGGUGUCCUCAACUCUUGUUCAGAACUGGGGGGGAUGGGGUGUGUGAAUUCUUAUCUUGGCACAGGCAGGAGAGCACUGACAGCUUGUCAUUGUGAGAUAGCAGAUGCCGUACUCUGCAUCUGGGGAGGCAAUCCAGAGGUGCAGGAACACAGAGGUCUAUGGUGUGGCCUGGCACCUGUGAUCUGAGGCAUGUGCAAUAACAAGACAGCAACUGUUACCUGUGGGGAAGAGCUGCCUCUUCAAGGGCGGAUUAUAUAAGAAUCAAUUCUCUAGUCUGGGGAGAAGUUAUCUUGUGCGUUUGUUAUUUUAAGAAUCCAGCAAAAGGGCAUGUAGUUUCUGAAUAAUCUUGAUGGAAGAAAUGAAAUCAUUUGAUAUAUGAUUAAAAAAAAAAAAAAAAGCUCUUCUGAGAGAGAGCCUGUAGAAAAGAAGGGGCGAGGAAUCUAAGUACCUUCUGAAAGAAAUGCUUUUCUAAAUUUAAGAUAGAAAUUGGAGAAGUGGAUCAAAAUUUUUAAUAUUGAUUAAUACUGAUUACAUAUAAAUGAGCUUCUUUUUUUCUAUGUAGCACACGGGUGCUCAAUGUUCAAUGAAUGCAAUUUUUAAAGUUUGAUGACAGGAUCUGAACUUAACCCUAAAUUCCUCCUACCACACACCAGAAAAUAAUUUGGAGUUUUCCCCACAAAAUACAGCUAAAGACUUUAAAGAAGGAUAAUAAUUUGACUUGGAAUAGUGACUGAGUGGGGUCUAUGUGUUGGAAGUUAAAUUCUGCCCUUCAGUCCAACCUCAGAGGUAUUCUGGUCAAGGAAUUUUGCAAGGACGAGAAACCCAUUUACACUCGCACAAUGUGGAGGUUGACUGAAAGAAUUCAGGAACAUUUCACAGAAACAAAACGCAGCUCCCUGGUGGCAAGGGAUGGAGGCAGCCGCCCUGGCGCGCGCUCUUGCUCCUUCACGGUCUCUCCUCUUGGAGCUCAUCCGUUUCUCUCUGCACAUCUGCUCGGAUCUCGUGCUUCCUGUGGCUUACUCAUUAGCAAAUAUGUAGCUAACGAACCCACCCCAGGACCCACACUACUUGACCUUUUCUUCCUUCCCAGAGCCCACCACUCUGACUAGCAUCUCUGUGCCCCCCCGCAGGUGAAUUCUGAAGAAUCUGAUUGGUCCAGUUCAUCUGGCUCUGGGUGAGCCUCCGUGGGGUCAGGUGCCUGCCUAUCCAAUCAGCCAUGACCUGGGAGUCAAGGUCCUGUCGUACAAGCAUGGCUUCCUGGGUUGACCCUUUCAAGGGGGAGUUUGAAGGUGGGGAGGAUUAGUACCCAAAGGAAGGAGUAUGACUGGGCAGGAUCUUCUAAGGGAAAUGGAAAUGACGAGUCCUGCUAGAAUGCUACAGAGAAGGCAGUAUUCAGAGAGCAAUCCCUAUGGAUGCUGCCAAAGAGAGAAAGAGCAUUCUCACUUGCCUAUCAGGUGAGAGUACAUACACUUGGGACCCUAGUAGACUGGCCUGAACUGCCCUGGCACCUCUGACCCCAACACCAGUUACUGAAUACUGCUGCUGGGCCUAAGAAGGGAUUUCUGACCAAGGCCCAGUUAGCACAAUGUCUUGCUCAGCAGACAAUAAAUACUUGUAAAUUGAAUUGCAUGAUCUUAGCUCAGGUGCUAUUAACGUGGCUCAUGGCCACACACUUGCAUGGAUGAGAAAACCAAUGAGCCUCUCAAUAGAGUCUUUUGAAACAAAAUUGGUUUCAAGUGAAACUGAUAUUAUAGUGGCUCUGACCUUCCGGAUAUAAUAAGUUAGUGUCCUGAGAAUCGAAAGGUCUCUUGAUUUCUUAGGUGAACUGUUACCGAAUUCGAGACCAUUGUGGGCUGGGGAUAUAGCUCAGUUGGUAGAGUGCUUGCCUUGCAUGCACAAGGCCCUGGGUUCAAUCCCCAGCACCACAGAGGGGAAAAAAAAUGCUAGUUGAUAAAUACUAAAAUGUAGGAUGUUUCUGAGAAGGAAUAUUUAGGAAAUAUAAUUGUGCCAGAAACAAAUUCUCUUAGGAGAUAUUGAGUCACUUUGGUUCUGCAGGUUUUAAAGAUAAAGAAAUUUUUAGUAAGGUAGAAUUUGUCUCCAAAGGUCAGACCCAUACUUUAGUGAGAGCCAUUAUACAAUAAAAUCUAGAUAUUGAUUAUUUUCAUUCUCUGACCUUGGUCAUAGACUUUUGUAAAUCAUGGAGGGAGGCCGUUGAUGUAUUUUACAUAAAUUAGCCCUGGGCUCGCCUUACUUUUCCUCAACUCUUCCUUAUGUCUAAACUCACCUCCACCCCCCACACAAUUUGAGUGGAGAAAAAAAUUUGUACCCAAGAGAAUCAGAGGAGUAUCAAUGGACUGGGAAUUUUAAAGAGAUGUAAAUAUUCUAGACUUCGAGCAACUCACUUUGAAUUUGUCUUUAAUUCCUCAUCUAUCAAAAGGGUAUAACAUCUGUACUUCCUACCUCCCGUGCUGGUUGUGAGGAACCCAUAGCAUAAUGUAUCUGAAGAAUGUCUGGGUACAGUGGCUCAUGCCUGUAAUCCCGGUGGCUCACGAGACUGAGUCAGGAAAAUCAAGAGUUCGAAGCCAGCCUCAGCAACAGUGAGGUGCUAAGCAACUCAGUGAGAUCUUGAUUUAAAUAAAAUACAAAAUAGGGCUGGGGAAUGUGGCUCAGUGAUUGAGUGCCUCUGAGUUCAGCCCUCAGUACCGCCCCCCUAAAAAAAGGUAUCUGAAAAUGGUUUGAGAAAUAUAUUUGAAGGAAUUCCCACUAAAGUAUUAGCUUCACAGUUCAGUUUUAUCCAGCAAAAUAGUUCAGCUCCUCCAACCACUGAAUGGAUUUUUAUUAUCAUGGGUUCCAUGACAAGACUUAAGGAAAAAUAAAGAAAUUCCUAAGUUUGGAAUUGCUCACAAAAGCCAGCCCCGAGUGGAGUUGGAGGGUGUGUAAGUUCGUGUAAGUACGUGUAGGUGUGCUUUCACUCUGGGUGAAGAGCCCAGACUGUGAUUCUUUCCAAUCACGUUAGACACAUUGGGCAAAGUACUGAGCAGAAGCUUUGAAUGUAGCUGUUGUUAUUUUAAUGCUUUGCUUUCUAAUUAACUUUGUACGUCCUUUGCCUCUGCCGGGAACAGAGUGUUCAUAUGCUGUUAGAAUUUUUUAUUGUAAAAUAAAAUGACAAAGGCUUUCAUACCCCACACCUGCUUGCUUCUCCUUCUACCUUCUCCAGAUGGUGAGGUGGCAUCUCUUUCACACCCCAGCCCCACAAUGGGAUCUGCUUGCGGGUGCUGAAGAGCAGGGGCAGGCCUGGAGGACCCCCGGUGGUUCCAGAAGCCAUCCCACUUGGGGCAUGAGCUCAUGGACCCAAAACAAAAGUGUGCCCUUGGCAAUUCACAGGCCCCAGAGAGGCAACUGGGGCCCCAGGGAGGACGAAGCCAAUGUCUGCUCAGAUGUCCUUCUCAGAGCAAAAGUCAGUGGCUUCCAAGGAGACUGGGGGUGGGGGUAGGGAAUAGGACACAGACCCCCCAAACCAUGUAUUCACACCCUGUGCUAAACCCAGCACUUCUGACACCUGCCUGUGUUCAGCCUCACCCAGAGGCCAUGGUCUAGGCCUCCUGCUCUGCCCUCUGACUUACACUGAUGGACAGGAGAGACCCAACCAGAUUCUCUCUUUAGGAAAUACCAAGAAAUGGAAUCCAUUAGCAGCACAUGUCAAAACCGAAUGGUCAAAACUCAGAGAAAGUCUGUCUCAUUUAACAAAAACAGAUAAGCCAAUUCUGGAAGCUUCUGAGGAGUCCCUGUGCCUAAUGUUGAGUCACAACCUCAGGGCUUUGGAGGAUCUAGGAGACUUGGACAGCAGCUUCUCACUAGACCCCAGCUUGCUGAAGCUCUCUAGGUCCUUUAAACGUACUUAAGAGACUGAAGGAGCAACUUCUUACUCCUCUCUUUGCUCCUGUGGAAGGAGGAAUCAAAUAUGCACAAAAGAUAACCCGAAGCCACUGCCUCGCGGCAAUGCUGAGGGAGAAGCUUUUAGUGAAACCCCCAAUAGGAUGGGGACCAUUGCAGAGGAGGUGGAACAGGUGAUCCAGGAACUCAGGGGCUCGAUACGCCUCUUUAUCCUUCCUCCUGGACCCUGGUGGCUCUUGGCUUUCAGGACAAAUGAAAAGAUUAAAUGAAAGCAAGGGAUGAUGCCUUCUUUAGGCCCAGGAAUGGGAGGUAGACACAGACCCAGGGAGCUAGAAAAAGCUCAUGGAAAUCUCCCUCAUCCCUGCUGGGUCCCCUCCAGAGACAGGACAACAACCUCCAUUCUGGACUUCUGUGAGCAAAGUGAUGCAUCUGACUCAUGAGCUCCACUGACCACUGGAACCAGAAAAAAUAUGCUGUGGAACCAAAGCACGAGCGAAGAGCAAGCACUGGCAAAACGUACCCGGAGAGUGAGCGGGUGCCAGGGACUGAGUGCUUGUGGGUCCCCUCCCCCAGUUUACAUGUUGAGACCUAACACCUGAUAUGAGGGUAUUUGGAGGUGGAGAACUAAGGAGAUGAGAUUAUAAAACAGAGAGAUCCCUGCCCUCCUUCCUCCACCUGUGAAUCAGAAAGCAGGACCUUGCCAGAUGCUAUAUCUGCUGCUGCCUUGAUCUUGGAUUUUUCAGAUCAGAACUGUGAGAAAUAAAUUUCUAUUGUUUCUAUGCCACUCUGUUUAUGGCAUUGGGUAUAGCAGCUCAAAUAGACCAAGACACCAGGAGACAAGUGCCCUGGAGUCUCUCUCUGACCUCUUGGAGGUACAGUUAGGACCAGUAUUGGCUUACACAGUUGCUUUCUCAACAUCUCAAUGUUUGAGUUUGCCUGUGCACAAAUCCACAUUUGGAUAGAGGCCAUCUGGCUCAUUGGAAUGGAAAUGAAGUUUUGUUAAUGGCGACAGUUUCACUACAAAUUUGAUCUCGUAGGCUCUGGACCCUGAAGGGCCUUCACUCAAGGUGUAACAGAAUUUGCUUUUCUCACGAAGUCCACUCUAUCACCAGCUUCUGGAUCCUGGAGAAUGAGGCUUUGGAGGCACCCCAUGGAGCCUGUGGGAGUCACGCCCUUGAUGCUGCAUCUUUACAAUGGCAACGUGACCUAAAAUAAAAGUGAAGGCUGCCACCAAAUGUCUUGCUUAUGGAACACCUGGAAACAGCUGGACUGGGGGCACGGGGUCUGCCAGUAAACUGAAUGUUGAGCUGGAUUUUUUUAUGCUUUAUCUCCUUCUGCUGGGAUUCAUAGAGAUGAAGCCAGAGGUUGGUUGUGGGCUCCUGAGGAAGUCCGUUUUCUAGGUCAAGUUUCAGCAGCAUGAAUGGAAGGGGCUGGGUAGGUUUAAGACUGUGAAAAGGGAAGAGCCUUCAAGUCGCCAAAGUUGAUUUGUGUAUUAACAUUCAGGGACCCUGGAGAAUAAAAGUUUGCUUCCCUUUUAGCUUAAGCCUUCUUUGUGACCAAUUCUUUUAGAAAGGGACCUAGUAAGGGCUGAGACCAGAAUCCAGACACCAUAACUGAGCAGACAUUAGCCCUGGAGGAGGGCUUCAGGGUUGUCCUGCUAUAACUGUCUUUUUCCCAGGGACAUGCAUGCUUAUCCCAUUGAUCUUUCAUUUAAAUUUCUGGAAAUUUCUGGGAAACUCUGAUAGAAUCUUUGAGGGAGCCAUCCUUUUGGUCUAUCAUUCGUAGAGUGAACAUUUCCUGAGCAGCUAUUAUGCCUCAGACUCAGUGCUAAGUGACAGAGAUUCAACAGUGAGCAGACGCAGCUCCUGCCUCUCAUAGAGCUCAUGGUCAAGGAGAUUAGUCCUUGUGACCCAAAGCCCAGCACAUUAAACUCACCAUUCAUUCAGAGCCUUUUCCACCCAUAAAAGCCAGCCAGAGGAAAACCCAAAUCCACUUCUUUCUGGAAGCAUUUAGAUUUAGAAAAGGACACACUUUGCUGUUGCAUCUUCUGAUUUCCUUCUCAAUUAUCUUGAACCAAUUAGUCAGAUGCCCACAGAAUCCCCCCUUGGGGGAGGAAGAUUUCUCAAAUUUCCGAGCUGUAGCCACCCAGUGAAAUCAGCAGCCCCCAUGUAAGAGAAGGGAUGGCCGUGUGGGAACUAGUCUAUUCAGUCCAAGUGAGAACAUUAGGAAACGUAUACUUUAUGGAUGAAACAUAGUCCCCCAAACACCCUCAUUUUACCCCUAUACACAACAUGCCAUUCAAAAUGUAUCAGAUUAUUAUUUAGCCUCUGAAACAUAUCGCUCUAUGGAGCAAAUCCAAACAGGAAAACUGGGUAGAACUUUUCACUGAUUCUUUUUUUUG